AUGGACAUCCCAGACUUGGCAUGGUUUAAGGUGCUGCUUUUGGUUGCAAAACACUCCACUGAAGAUCUGUACAGCAUGGCGGGGACAUGCAAGUUAUUUGAAGAAAUGUUGAAUGAUCCUGAGGUUUGGCGAACCGUGUCUGUAGAGAAGUACCAGUGGCAUCCUGAAUGGUACGGGUUUUAUCAAGAGAAACUUGUUGAGUUCUUGCAAAAGUGCAAGGAGCACAACAAUCUAGAAAUCAUUUACAGAGAAGCUGUAACUCAAUUCUUCAUAUUCAAAGAUGAUGAGGCUGUCAACAACUUCCGAGUGGCGGCUAAGGCAGGGCAUAUGGAAUCCUCCUACAUUGUUGGCUUGCUAGGGCUAGUGAACCCUACGGAGGGCGAAGAGGAUGCGAUGGAAUGGUUGUGCCAUCUAAGCAAAACAAAGAAAAUUGACAUGCAAGCGUGCAGAGCAUCAUUUUUUAAUCGACUGAUGAGGUAUAACAUUUCGGGCGUGGUGACUCCUCCAACUCUUGCAAAGUUUACUGGGAAGUUUACCUUCUGUUUAAUGUUUUUAAUUCAAGGUCUGUUUAUGUGCACUUUUAAGAUCCAAUUUAAGAACAAGUUUGUAGACGUUUGUGUUCCAUAG